AUGGCGGGUGACGCCGGUGGCAGCGGGGCUGCUGCCAGUGACGGCGGCGCCUCUGCCGCCAGCGGUGCCGCGCCGCCAGCUAGCGAGCAGCGGCACGGGUUCCGUGACUACGGGCGUGUGCUGCGCGAGCACCGCCACUUCCGCUACCUGUGGAUCGCAGAGACGGUGGACAACGUGGGCAGCUGGCUGAGCUACGUGGCCACGCUGGAGCUUGCCUCCCAGUUCAGCGGCGGCAGCGGCCUGGCGCUCUCCGGCGUCGUCCUCAUCCGCUUCCUGCCCUCGCUCCUGCUGGCCCCCGUGUGCGGCGUGGUGGCAGACAGGGUCAACAGAGUGCGUGUGCUGGUGGCGGCGGCCCUCCUGGACGCCGCCGUCGUGGCCCUGCUGGCGCUGGUGCGGCGCCCGUCCCAGGUGGCGCUGCUGUACGCGCUGCUCACGGCGCAGUUUGCGGCCUCUGCUUUCUACGACCCCGCCCGCAAGGCGCUGGUGCCCGUGCUGGUGCCUGCCGCCGACCUGCACCUGGCCACCACCAUCGACAGCUUUGCGUGGAGCAUCACGGGAGCAGUGGGGGCGUCCGCCGGCGGCGUGGUGGCCUCCCGCCUGGGCAACCAGGCGUGCUUCCUGGUGGAUGCCGCAACCUUUCUGGUGGCGGCAUGGUGCGCGGGGCAUGUGCCGGCAGCGCUGGGCGUGCCAGACGCCGCCGCGCGGCAGCUGAAGAAGCACAGCAGCAUGCGGCAGGUGGAGCUGGCUGCCGUAGCGGAGCAGGAGGAGGCGGCGGCGGCAGAGGAGGCGGCGAGGCACCAGCAGCCUGGGGAGGCUGGGCAGCCUGGGGAGGCUGGGCAGCUGCUGGGGGCGGGUCUCGGCGGUCACAGAGGCAGCAGCGAGGCGCUGCUGCAGACUGGCGGCGGCGCCUAUGGCAACCACGCGGCAGCAGGCGUGCAUGCCGGGCGGCGCCUGCACCACAGCCACCACGCCAGCAAGCAGGCUGAAAGGGCGGGCACGGCGGAGGUGGUGGUGCAUGCCGACAGCCAGCCGCCAUCGCCCGCGCUGGGCGGUGCAGCAGCCGCAGCCGCCGGGCGCCAGCCAGGGGCCCCAGCCGCUGGCGGCAGCGGGCUGGUGGCGGCGGCCGCGUCGGCGGUGGCGGAAGGGUUCCGGGCGAUGCGGGAGGGGUGGCGCUACCUGGGCGGCCGCGAGAACGGCGACGUGGUGGCGCUGGUGCUGAUGAAGUGCGCUGCGGCGCUGGUGUGGGGCGCGGUGGACCUGCUGAACGUCAAGUUUUCGGAGAUGGGCAGCAUGCAGCGCCUGGGAGACGCCAGCACCACGCUGGGCCUCAUCUUCGCCACGGUUGGCCUGGGCUGCUUCGUGGGCCCCCUCGUCAUGAACCGCCUGGUGCCGCCGCACGCGGCGGCGCUGCGCUGGGGCGUGGCGGCAUCCUACUGCCUCUUCGCCCUGGGCCUGCUCGUCAUGCUGCUCUCGCCCAGCAUCGCGCUGGUCCUGCUGUCCACCUUUGUGCGCUCCAUGGCCACCGAGUCGGCCCUGUUCACGAUCACCGAAACCAUCUCCUCCCUGUUUGGAGGAGCAGCCUUUGACAUCCUGCACCUAUCCCUCCACCAGCUGCUGCUCAUCCUGACGGUGGCAGCGGUGGCGAUGGCGGCCGUGUGGGUGGGGUACGCGUGGGCGGCCAACCGCAGCAGCAGCAGCACGCCCCGCCGCUACCUGCCUGUGCGGCAGGACGUCGAGGAGCCCUCGUGA